GGCAUGUCCCGUCGAGGCGCCCGAGAAGGAACUGAGAAUGAGAUUGCCGUGGAAAGCUAAAAUGAGCUCAAUUCAAGACUGGGGCGAAGAGGUGGAAGAGGGAGCUGUUUACCAUGUCACCCUGAAAAGAGUGCAGAUUCAGCAAGCUGCCAACAAAGGAGCGAGGUGGCUCGGGGUUGAAGGGGACCAGUUACCUCCAGGACAUACUGUCAGCCAAUAUGAAACAUGUAAGAUCAGGACAAUAAAAGCUGGAACUUUGGAGAAACUUGUGGAGAACCUUCUGACAGCUUUUGGGGAUAAUGAUUUUACCUACAUCAGUAUCUUUCUCUCAACAUACAGGGGCUUUGCUUCUACUAAGGAAGUACUAGAGCUUCUCCUUGACAGGUAUGGAAACCUGGAGACCUCAAGCUGUGAAGAAGUCGGGAGCCAGAAUUCGUCUGAAUCCAAAACAGUACUCAGGAAUGCAAUAGCAUCAAUCUUACGAGCGUGGCUCGAUCAGUGCUCUGAGGACUUCAGAGAGCCUCCCAGCUACCCAUGUUUGCUGAAGUUGCUGGAAUACCUGCAGAGGAGCAUGCCUGGCUCUGACCCAGAGAGGAGGGCACAGAACCUUUUGGAGCAGUUCCAGAAGCAAGAAAUAGAAAACGAUCAUGAGUUCCAUAGCACUUCCCCCUGUAAUCUGUAUGAUGAAGAGGAAAUGGAAAUCAGUGGUCCAGAAGAAUUCUCUUUUUUCCGGGAAGACCUUGUGGCAGAGCAGCUGACGUACAUGGAUGCAAAGCUCUUCAAGAAAGUUGUGCCCCACCACUGUUUGGGAUGCAUCUGGUCUCGAAGGGAUAAGAAAGAAAACAAGCACCUGGCACCUACCAUCAGAGCCACCAUCUCCCAGUUCAACGCGGUUACCAAAUGCGUUGUCAGCACUAUCCUGAAGAGCAAAGAACUCAAAACACAGCAGAGGGCCAAGAUCAUUGAGAAGUGGAUUCAUAUUGCACAUGAAUGUAGGAUCCUGAAGAAUUUUUCCUCCUUGAGAGCCAUCGUUUCAGCACUGCAGUCCAACUCCAUCUAUCGGCUAAAGAAGACCUGGGCAGCUGUUCCAAAGGACAGAAUGCUGAUGUUUGAAGAGCUGUCUGAUAUCUUCUCAGAUCAUGACAAUUAUUUGACAAGUAGGGAGCUGCUAAUGAAGGAAGGAACAUCCAAAUUUGCAAAUCUGGACAGCAGUGUGAAAGAAAAUCAGAAAAGAACACAGAGACGUCUUCAGCUUCAAAAAGAUAUGGGAGUAAUGCAAGGCACCGUCCCUUACCUUGGUACCUUUCUCACUGAUCUCACCAUGCUGGACACAGCCCUUCAGGAUUACAUCGAGGGUGGCCUGAUAAAUUUUGAGAAGAGGCGAAGGGAAUUUGAAGUAAUCGCCCAAAUCAAGCUCUUGCAAUCUGCAUGUAACAGCUAUUGCAUGACACCAGACCAAAAAUUCAUCCAGUGGUUCAGGAGGCAGCAGCUUCUGAGCGAGGAGGAGAGUUACAGCCUCUCGUGUGAGAUUGAAACAGCUGUUGACACGAGCACCACAUCACCAAAACCUCGGAAAAGCAUGGUGAAGAGACUCAGCCUACUGUUUCUGGGCUCCGAGGUGAUCACCAACAGCACGCCCACCAAAGAGCAACCCAAAUCAACUCCAAGUGGGAGCUCUGGUGAGAGCAUGGACUCGGUCAGUGUGUCAUCCUGUGAGUCUAACCACUCCGAAUCUGAAGAAGUCUGCGUCACUCCCAUAGACACUCCUGAUGAGCCACAGAAAAAGAGCCCCAUGCCCUGCAUAUGGGCAGCUGGGAUGUCCCCCAGCAAUGCGAGUGUAAAGGUGUAG